AAUAUCAUGGAAAUGAUGGCGGCUGGACAACACCUUAUAUUGUGGUACCCUGUGUUAAUCUGCAGGCCGUCCCCGCCACAUUGCUGCCCUGAGGAGAUAUUAACCAAAGGCAGAAGACAUGCAACGGAACACCUCGAUGGCUGGCAGAAUAGUAAUACGGACGGAGUAUCGUGCAAUGACUCAGCACCUUUGCAUCAGCGAUAGUCCUGGUAUAUGGCUUCACGUUGGCUGUUUCUUUGGGAUUUCGAUGGCUAUCCCGAGGGAGUUUGGGGAUGAAGAACGCAAUGUACACAAUUAUGUACACCGGUUCAGGCGAGACCACAACAGUCAGACGGCUCGCUCAGGCCGCAAUUCCGAACCAUGGUGCAUAUUCUGCAGGUAUACAGCGACACAGAGCAACGAAAUAGACGCGCAAUCAUCGAAAGGAUACAGUUCGAAUCACAGAAUAUCUAACCCAUCUGCGAGAGAGUGGUUAUCUACCGCAGGGCUGGCCGGUUUCAUCAGAGCGAGUGGAGCCGUCCCAGUGCCCAUCAUGAGUGGAUACCGAAGCACGCUCACGACAGAUCCAUCCCAUGUCUCAGCUUCUGGAAGGAUGCGGCAAUAUUCACGCGACGCCGUGGCCCGUGGCACGUACAGUAAAUUGCACAAUCGAAGUGCAGGUGGCACGGCGCCAACAUCAGUGACGCACAGAACCGGUCCUUUCUCCCCAGACUCACUCCCUGCUCUACCCCAGAGUUUCCACAACACCACGGACGCACACAAGCCAUGGCGAUGACGCCGGCCGUAAAGGCGAAGCAUAUCAGCGGGGCAGACAGGGUCACGAAAAAGGAACGGGUAGCUGCCGAGAAGCGUGAA